UCGUAUAUAUAGAUAUAGCGUCAUACGCAUAUAGCACGAACUGAUCGACUGCUCGCACACGCGCCGCGAGUUGCGCAGUUCGCUCUGGUGUACAUGCAAUAUACAACUACCUUAUACUUCUCCGCUGAUUUGGUGAACGCGCGCCGCGGCUGUGUACCGAUGUUUUGUUUGCGUCGCUGCAGCUGCGACUGACGCGACAGUAUACGUAAAAAGCUCUCGUCCCUUCGUCUUCGCGAUGUCCAGCCAGAUCUGUCUCAAGUGGAACAGUUUCCUCAAUAACAUCGCCAGCAGUUUCGAGAGUCUCUGGCAGGAGGAGGGUCUCGUCGACGUCACCCUCGCGAGCGAUGGCCAGUGCCUCACGGCUCACAAAGUCAUCCUGUCCGCCAGUAGUCCCUUCUUCAAGAAGCUCUUUCAGACGAAUCCAUGUCAACACCCAGUCAUAAUAUUGCAAGACGUGCACUUCACCGAACUGGAAGCACUGCUGGUCUUUAUCUACAAAGGGGAAGUCAACAUCGAGCAGAAGAACUUGCCUGCGUUGCUCAAAGCUGCUGAGACUCUGCAGAUCAGAGGCUUAUCUGGUGGAGACAUCUUCCCCAAAGAGUCUUUUAAAAGACUCGCAGAGCUUGAACAGGAAGUUCUCGACGAAGCAGAGCUGCUGCCAGAGGAGGUUCAACCAAAGAAAAAGCAGAAAGUUCACAAGAACAGUUCUUUGCUGGAGAAAGCCCUAGCUCCAAGGUUGACUCAAACUGAAAUUAAAAAUAAUAACAGUGCAACCAGUAGUACUAGCAGUAAUACCGCUACCACUACCACCACUACUACUGCAACGACUAUUAGCAAUGAAGUGUCUUGCGAAGCUACCCUUUCAGAUACACUUCCAAAUCCAAUUUACCAUGGACUGGAGAUGAAAGUUGAACCGUUUGAAGUGAGCGUGGAAGAUCUUCAAAGUCAUUCCCCAAUAGAUAAGGAUGCUCUUGUACAGCUGGACACAGGACAAGAGGAUGAAUGUCAAGGAUCCGGGAAUACUGCAGCGGAGGAAAUUUCAACUCUAUCUGGAUUAUCUGGCCUGACUGGAUUAUCAGAUGUAAAGCCGUUACUCUAUUCAUACCAACAGUUACCUUAUGCUGACUUGCUUCCGAGUCCAGAAGUGAUUUCAACGUGGGCUUCAUCUCGACCAAUAGAUCAUUUGGCCUGUGAUCUUAUGAAAAUUCUAUUCACACCAGAAGAGAGAAUACUCUGCAACGUCAAUGGAAAAAUGGGAAAGCAGCAAUUCGACAGUAAUAAGAUACACUUAAUUCGAGAAGUUCUCUUACACUUUAGUGGCAUCGCACCAAAUAGCAUAGAAUGGGAAGAGGCCUGGAAAAAUUGCGUCACGAAAAUUGAUACCAGCAAUAGAGGUUUAAAAAGGUAUCUUUUCCAAAGACGAUCUAUCUAUACUCAAUGACUAGGGCGUUUCAGGUCAGGGGUCAAACGGAAACGUUUCCACUGGCUGGAAUGAAAUAAUUUUCUCCAAAUUGCUUAGCACUUUUAAAGUUCAUUCGCUUUAUUGCAAAUUAUUUCAAAUAUCCAAAUAAAGUGAACAUCACUGUCCAUGCUUAAAAACUAAAAUGAUAUCAAAGCACUCCAAAAGCUUUAAAAUAAAUUACGAUUUUUACGGAAGUAGCAUAAUUUACAUUAAAAAUGUAUAAAUGUAUAAUUUUUAAUCCAUAAGGUAGAAGUUUGUUUUUAUGUCAUUGAUUUUUCGUUUUAAAUAAUUUAGUGUAAUAUAAACACAUGUAUACAGGGAUUUUUAUCUUUUACCGUAGUUUUAUCAUAUUCCUGCAAUGUAAAUUACAUUAUUUUUGAUCUCAGUAGUCGAUAAUUAUCAGGGUUGUUUUUAUGAAUAUAAGAGAAGACAAAGAAGAAAGUAAAUGAAUGAGUAUAUAAGUCGAGAAAAUCAGGAUAGAAUCGCUACCAAUACGCUUCCAUUUGCCGCUAAUUAUAUGGCGAAUGAUAAUUACAACUUUUAAGACUUCAGUGAGGUGCUUAAGAUUAUUUGUACACAGCGAGUAAAUCGCUUAAUAUUUGUAAGUAAUAAAUUAAAGAAAAUAUUCCUGACACCUUUGAAGAUGUCACGCCGCUCUUUGAACACAGAUGAUUUAAUGAACAAAUGUCCAUAUGAAAUAUUCAUCAGAUUUUAUUUUUUGAACAUGCAGCUAUACAGACAGAGAUGUGAAACAUUCCUUUUGUAUAUAUAAAUUAAUGUUCUAUCUUGUUACAAGGGCAUAUAAAUAAUAUACGAUAUAUGAAAUAUGAACUAUAGAGUGAAAAGAGGCUCGAGUGAAUCUUCAAAGGCUAAACGUAGCGCAGAUUUAUGUAAAUGUAAUUUGUUGAUUUUUGUGAUAUAUGAUUUACGUUAAGCUUUUAUUUUCGUUAGAACACUAUACAGAUGUUUUAUUGUAUAUUUUAAUCAUAACAGAAAUAAUAAUAUGAAUGCACCAAUGCGCGAUCGUACGAUGGUCUAAACUUAAUUUUUAAGAAGAAACCGUAGCUUUAUACAAGCUAUAAUUAUAUUUACCAUCUAAACGCAUGUGUAGAUUUUUCGCAAACUAUGUUAUAUAUAAAAAUAUAAAAGCUAUACCGUACUAGUAAGGACAGCGAUCUGAUAAUACUACAUUGGUAUGCAAUAUGCAAUUUUUCUUUCACACACCGAUAUCAAAGACAUAUACGUUCAUUUCGUCGUAGUGAUAAAUUAUUUAUUUUUCUCAAAGAUAUUAAUUUAAAAUAUAUAUAUUGUAGACAAAUAUGACUGGAUGCAAAUAAACAAAUUUUACAUUUUUA